AUGUCUCUGACCACUGUGUCCAAUGUUUCUGCCCCCACUUCCGUUGUUGUUUCAUCAGCGCCCCGAAUCUGCCACAACGAUACCAAUAACUCUACAUCGAUCUCAAACACAAGCUCCUACGAACCGAAGUGCAAUGCAAAAGCGCUACCAGCAUACACUGUCAUAGAUGAACGUUGUGUUUGGCAUUGGACAGACAAGCUCUCUGAAGCCGAAGGUUGGAUCGUCAUUGAUUCGCCAAUACCCACAGCUUCCGGGGGAGGUUUGUUCCUGCACAAUGCCGCAACUUUGGAGGAGGUUCGCGACGUCGCUACCACCAUGAGUGCAAAGCUCGCAGUAUCUUCCCAGCCUCAAAUUGUUGGUGCAAAAGGCGGCAUCAGAUUUCCAUCCUGCGACCCUCGAGCUCCUGCUGUACUGGAACGCUUCAUCCGCGACAAUGCUGCUGUCAUCUCGCAGUACUGGGGGACUGGAGGAGAUAUCAAUACGGACCACAGAGUCAUCGAUGAGCAUGCUAGGACAUACUGCGCUCCAGGUACUGCGACCGCACUGGACGCUUUACGCAAAGCUUUGGGCUCGGAAACUACAGCGUCUGUCGAUAUACAUGGUCUCCUGAACGAGAGGAUUUGCCAGAGCGAAUGGUCCGUCAAUGAGUUCAGUGUUGGCCACGUCAUGGCUGUCACGCUUAGGGAACUCCUCCUACGUAGCGCACCCGAUCUCAUAGGGCAAGUACGCCUUAUUCUCCAGGGCUUUGGGGGCGUAGGCGCUACUUUCGCCGAGGCUGUAAAGCAACUUGGUAUCGGCGAGGUAGUCGGUAUCUCCAGUCAAUAUGGCUUCAUUUUUGACAGGGAUGGCAUCGAUUGCGCGAGUAUCGAAAUGAGCAGACGGCGUGCGAUAGGCAGUGGCUCGGUCCGAAGUUUUGACCCUCGAAGCCUAGAGGCUGGUCUCUCUCAGUCCCAGCUACAGUCUGAGCUAUAUUCUCCUCGGAGACCUGACACCAGCGACGAAGAACACCUCACUCACUUCCUGAGUGUUUGCAAAGGUCAUGUGUUCGUUCCUUGUGCCCAGCGCUACGUCGUCAGCUCAAAGAUCAUCUCCACUUUGAUCAACGAUACGUUUGCUGAAGCUCCUUCUCAUGCUCGGUUCAUUCUUGCGGGAGCGAACAACGUGUUCAAUUCAACUGAACGCAAAGAUGACAUCUUGUCUAUGCUUGAUUCUGCCAGUAUUCGAAUGCUGCCCGAAUGGAUCAGCAACUCUGGGACCAGUAAUCUCUUCAUGCGGGCCUGCAGUGGACUUGCGUUGGAAGGAUACGCCGCGAGCACUUUGGAGGCAUGCGCCAAUGAUACUAAAGCUUUCAUAAAUGCCGUCUUCGUCAAGGUGGGCGAAAAAGCCAAUAAUGCGGCUAUCUGGGAUGCUUGUGAAGGCCUUGCAAACGCUCUAAGAAGUGCCGGAGCCGUCAAUCUUCUCGGUGUGAAGGGACUGACCCAUCUGAAAUUAGCAUCAUCUGAUGUGGCCAGAGCCAGCCAGACGAUUAUGCAAUUGUACGGUGCCAAAGUGAGUGCUGAUGGCAGCUGCUUCCAACUUCCUGGGCCCGGAGAUCCAACCAUCAGUGUAGCCAAGGCUGCUGAAGGCAUGGGUCCUGCCGGCAUGGGCUUCUCCGUUUGCUUCUCCGUUUACAAUCUUGCAAAAGCUCGCGAGUUGCUCAAAGCUGAAGCAUACACCUUCCAUGAGGAAAAUACGGAAGGACAAGCUGAGUUGAUUAUCGACUCUGAGGAAGCUGGUUAUCCUACUAUUCUUUGUCAGGCUCCAGCCCAAGAGCCGUCUCAUGACAACUUCUCUUCCUCUUCCGAAGUGCUGAGCUCAGUGGUGAAUUCGAUUCAACAUUUAGACCACUACGCUACCAUUCAGCCUGAUACCACAAAGAUUAAACUCUUCCACGAGCGCAUGCUAGGCUUCAAAUACGUUCGGACCUUCACUGUCAAUACUGGCUCUAGGGCCGAUGGCCAAGACGAUGGCCGAAUGCAUCUCAUGAGUUGGCCAUUUGACAACAAGCGAAUCGCUUUUCUCACAGAAAGCCUGUCAGACGAUUCUGUGUUUUCGAAGCUUCUGAAGCGCAAAUGUAGAUCACACGUUCAUCAUUUCGCAAUGAAAGUGGACAAUGUUGACGCUGUGUUUGUUGAGGCAAGGGCCCGAGGCUGGGGCACCACCUCUGAAGAACUCAGCGUCGAUCUUGGCACCGGCCUACGACAAUUCUUCAUCAAGGAAGAGGAGUGUGGCUCUGUUCUGGAAUUCAUCGGAGACAACAAGCCGCAGUCCUCCGAAGGCGGCUCAGCCUCUGCCGCUCGGUAUGGUGAGAUCAUGGGUGAUGACGCGGGUGAAGGGAAGAAGUUUUACAGUGGCAAUAUUGCUAACUUGGCUAAUUCAUGCGACGUUUGA